UCCGGUUAAGUUACUUAAACGAGUCGAACCUUAGGUUUUACUUACAUCCCCAAUUAAACACAAUCCCACAACUGACUACGAGUUAGUUGAAAUACUGGCCCCCCGCGUCUCGACGCGUCCCCUUUAAAUUGCCCACGCUGUGGAAAGGUAAGGAGUGGUACAGUGCGGAGGGAACCAUGCUCGACAGCUCCGUAUAGUCUCUUUGUAUGCAGAGCAAUGCCCGACUGCAGACUUGACUGUAUGCUUUAACAACUUGUCUUACGGCAAAUUACGGGAAAAUACAGCAAGGAGAAAGAUACAGUCUGAAAUCAAAGUCCGAACACAAGCCACAGCGUUCCUUUAAUUUACGAAGGGGAAACAAAUAUCAGAGUACAGUCAGGACUACCUCCGCUGCUGUUUGUUGCAGACAACGUCAUAUCUCAUAAGGACGCUGGGCGCGUCAGAUUUUGCUGAUCUUAGCAUCUUUGGACCAUUUUCGUGGAAAGGUUUAUGAAAAACAUAAAGCGUCGACAUAGAGCCUUGUUAUUUAUCCCAGUAACUUGCUCUUAUUCUUCCUCUGAACGAACAACCUAUUGUUGAAUCAAGGAAGCGAAGGAGGGUGGAGGCGAGGAGUCACCCGCAUCCCUCAUAGAGUCCCCCCCCCCCACACCCGUCCCCCCCGUCCCCCCAACUCGGCAGUUGCGGGGGAGCUAAUGGUUGCUGCAUAGCAGUACCUGCAAUGAAUGACUGUCGGGCGGUGGACGCUGUAUGGACUGUCGGGUCUGAAAGCGAUGUCCAGGACUCUGGAGUUUUAAUCAUCGACGCCGAUGUUUUUUUGAGAACGAGCAGACACCCCCUGGGGCACUCCACCAACAUCACCGGCUUUAGGUAAAGGUGGCACGUUGUUAGCAGCUGGACCCAGGUGCGAAUCCUGUGGUCUUCAGCACGGUGCUGUGUGGAGCCCCCUCCCCUCCCCUACUCCCUCCAUUCUCUGAGGACGCAGCAUCGGGUUUGGCUGAAAGGCGCGGGCCUCCCCCCCCUCCAGGAUGACGGUGGCCACCGGGGACCCGGUGGACGAGGCGGCGGCACACCCCGGCCAGCCCCAGGACACCUACGACCCCGAGGCCGACCACGAGUGCUGCGAGAGGGUGGUCAUCAACAUCUCGGGCCUGCGCUUCGAGACGCAGCUCAAGACCCUGUCCCAGUUCCCCGAGACCCUGCUGGGGGACCCCAAAAAGCGGAUGCGCUACUUCGAUCCGCUGAGGAACGAGUACUUCUUCGACAGGAACCGCCCCAGCUUCGACGCCAUCCUCUACUACUACCAGUCAGGCGGGAGGCUGCGGCGGCCGGUCAACGUGACCUUGGACAUUUUCUCGGAGGAGAUACGGUUCUACGAGCUGGGGGAAGAGGCUAUCGAAAUCUUUCGGGAGGACGAGGGCUUCAUCAAGGAGGAGGAGAGGCCGCUGCCCGAGAACGAGUUUCAGAGGCAGGUGUGGCUGCUCUUUGAGUACCCCGAGAGCUCAGGACCCGCCAGGAUUAUCGCCAUCAUAUCUGUGAUGGUCAUCCUCAUCUCCAUCGUCAGCUUCUGCCUGGAGACCCUGCCCGUCUUCCGCAACGACGAGGAAGAGAUGCACAAAGCCUACCAGACCUCCUCCAACAGCACCUCCACCUACCAGUCCACCUACUUCACCGACCCCUUCUUCAUCCUGGAGACCCUCUGCAUCAUCUGGUUCUCCUUUGAGUUCCUGGUGCGCUUUUUUGCCUGCCCCAGCAAGGCGGGUUUCUUCGUCAACAUCAUGAACAUCAUUGACAUUGUGGCCAUCAUCCCGUACUUCAUCACCCUGGGCACCGAGCUGGCGGAGAAGGCGGAGGACGGCCAGCAAGGGCAGCAGGCCAUGUCCCUGGCCAUUCUCAGAGUCAUCCGGCUGGUGCGCGUAUUCCGGAUCUUCAAGUUGUCCCGGCACUCCAAGGGACUUCAGAUCCUGGGCCAGACACUGAAGGCCAGCAUGCGGGAACUGGGGCUGCUCAUCUUCUUCCUCUUCAUCGGAGUCAUCCUCUUCUCAAGCGCCGUGUACUUCGCCGAGGCGGACGAGCCUGAAUCGCAGUUCUUCAGCAUCCCCGACGCCUUCUGGUGGGCGGUGGUCUCCAUGACGACAGUCGGUUAUGGGGACAUGGUACCCACCACCAUCGGCGGCAAGAUUGUGGGGUCCCUCUGCGCCAUUGCCGGAGUGCUGACCAUCGCCCUUCCCGUGCCCGUCAUAGUGUCCAACUUCAACUACUUCUACCACCGCGAGACGGAGGGCGAGGAGCAGGCCCAGUACCUCCAGGUCACCAGCGUCCCCAAGAUCGACUCCACCGAGGACCUGAAGAAGAGCCGCAGCGGCUCCACCAUGAGCAAGUCCGAUUACAUGGAGAUCCAGGAGGCGGUGAACAACAGCAACGAGGACUUCCGGGAGGAGAACCUCAAGACGGCCAACUGCACACUGGCUAACACCAACUAUGUCAACAUCACCAAGAUGCUCACGGAUGUAUAACCAUUUUUGGAUGAUGACCUGCAUCAGGGGUGGGGAACUGGGAAGGGGGAGGAAAAAAAGGGAUUAGCCUCCCCCUAUUUUAGGAUGGUUUGCAGAACCUCCCCGCCCCCCUCUCCAAGGCAACGGAUACAUGAGGAGGAGAUCCGUAAGAGGUCCAAUGGGAGAGGAAGAUUAGCAGAGAGGGACCAUGCGCACCUGAUCUGGACCCUCCCCACCCACUUUCCCCAUCCCCAUCCUGUCCUGUCCCACUUGCAGGGAAAUUCCACCUCCUCGUUUCGGUGUCUGCAUGGAGUUAGUCUUAUCUGUGUGACUGUGUAAUAGUCGAUGUCCUGCUUGCGACAGUAGCCAAACAGUAGCCAAUAGAAAAAUUAACAAAUAAUAAAAAUUAAAAAAACGUAGCAUCGAGGGAUUUCUGACUCCUGCUCCCCCCCCCCCCCCAUUUCUACUACCCUACUACCCUCAUUCCCCCAGCCCAACAACCCCCACGGCCCCCACCACCUUAGCUGCCCUCUUCAGCACCCCAUGCUCAUCGUCCCAUUGCCAUCGCCAGAGAAACGGCAACAUUUCUGUUCCCCCCACAAAGAAUACCACCGUCAGGCUGCUUUGGCAUUUACCCGUGCAUUGCCAUGCACGCAAAAGUCGACAGCCAAAAAGAUGGGAAAUAACACAAAGAUGCAUUUGAGGAGCACAACAGGGAGGAGAGGUAUCCUCACCUGGCCCGAUUUUUUUAUGAGCAGGUUCCCCCCUUACCCCCAUAGCGCGGAAGUUUGGGGCCUCGUCAGACACUGUCGACUGUUACGCGUCCCAUUUAACAUGAGGGGGCCGAGGGGGAUGGGUGGGGAGAGGGGAGUGACACACGGCCGCUCUCAACGGACUGGAAAAAAACAACGAAACAAAAAACAAAACAAAAAGAACUGGUCCUGUGGUUCUGCAGUUUUUUUUCUUCUGAUUUUCUGCCAUGUGUCUUUAAGAAUUUGUGUCUGAGGAGCAAACGGAUGCAAGCGAUACAAGCCUCUCCCUCUCUUCCUCCCUCUCUCCCCACACUGCGCCAGACUAGCCACAGAGCAGCAGCUUCAGAAAGGCAGGGUGAAUCUCUCUUAGCGCUUUAUUUAUUUAUUGUGUGUGUGUGUGCGUGUGUGUGUGGGUGGGUGUGUGUGGUCGGGCUCCAUCUGAAUGUGCGGUCGAGCCUUGCGUCGUACUCCCCUUGUUUAUGCUACCAAGGCUACCUUGAGUGCUCUCACCUCCCUGUCUUUCUCUGUAUUGUGUCAAAACACAGAUCCAGUGGAGUGGGUGGGAGGGUGUAGGGGGAGAAUUUAAGAAAUGAAAAGAAAAAGAUCCCAAGCUUGCUGUCGCUUGUUCCCCCCCCCCCCUCCAUCAUUUCUUCCCACUCUGCUCAUCACCGACCCCGCCGCCCCCACCCACACGCCCACCCAGUUUUUCUACAACUCGUCCAAUCAGCACUGUUUUCCUGUCGUCCACACUGCAUUUCAUAUUUAUAGGUACUAUAGUGCCGGAGUCUGUUGCCGUAGUGAUGCAGCAGUCGCACAGCCACGGUUGGUGGAGGGAGGGACUCGCUGCCGCUUUACUGUGACAGUGCGGCUUAAUGAAGCAGACGGCUAGCUCACUUUUUUCAGGUCACCAAAGAUUAAUCCACUGCCACCCGAUGUACAUUUCCAGAAUUCGGUCUAGGUUCCUCUAUUAAUCCAUUUUGGUCCAUUUUUUGUACCCAUUGAGCAGUUUUUGGUUCCUUCUGUUCGUACUCAGACACAGAAGGUACCUUGGUAGAACCUGUAUAAAAUGAUGCUUCCUCUAAAACAGCUAUUCAAACAGAUAGGAGCUAUUCUACUAUUGUAGUGUUGCAUGUCCUAUAAACAUUCUUUGUAGCAUGCAUUUCAAUGUGGAUUAUACUUAAGAGAAAAACUAGUAAUAAUUAUUCAUAUCUACCAAUAUUGAUAUAUAUAUAUUUUUUUUCUUUAUGAGAUAUUAAUGCUAUGUGCAAUAUGUAAAAGUUAUUAGUGUCUUUUUUCAAAGUUGUGUGAGAUUUUUUUUGUUUUUGUGGGAUGUUUUUCUUUUGUAUUUUGAGUACUCAUGCUAGUAGGCCGGUUUCAGGGUUUGUCCAGAGGAAGGUUGUUCAUUUUUCCCGUGAGAUGGCGGGAGGUUGAGGUUGAAGUGCUGGAGAGUGGGCUAGGAGUGCGUGGAGCUCGCGCCCGACUCAUCCAGAAUGAAAAGCACUACCAGCUGUUCCAAACGGCACCGUGAUGCAGAGGAGCCACACAGCUGUCUGCGAUCUCCACUUUCUCUGAUAAUUAUAGACGGGGUCACCUGACCCCUUAGAGUGCUGGGUGUUAAAUGGCCAUCGCUCUUGUCUUUUCUUUUCCUUCUUAGAGAACAACGGGGGAAGAAAUCCAAGCGAUGGUUCCCUAUGGCCGAGUCCCUCGAGGAUAAGAGGCCCAGUUAUGUUGAGUCGUGGUGUUAUUUAAGGAGCUGCAGAAUAUUUAAAAAUGAGCAGAGUUGUACGAGAGAGUACGUAUGGUCGCUGCACAAGGAAAGGAAAAAUGGCCAUGACCUAAAUGCUUCUGUGCCGGGCCGGUGAGCAUUAUGCAAGAGCAGAACGGGGGUGAAAGUUGUGCUGUAGAGCAUGUUUAUUUUUGUAUUUGCACCGCAGAGUUGUUGUUUGAUAUUCUAUCCAUCUGUAACGUAGUUACACCUUGCAAUACCUUGACCUAUGCAACACCCCCUCACCCCUGCUAAAUCAGUGUGGCGCUGACUGAACAGAGCCUUCUGUAGCAUUAGAAACAAAA